UUUUGCCUUAUUUGAGUUAUUUAUUUAUGCAAGAACCCUUUACACAUACCUCUCUUUGGAAGUCGAUACCGAACCAAUCACACCGUUUCUUGCAAAGUUACCCGUCGUUAAUCCCCGACUGAUUUCCUUGAAUUCAAUUGCAGAUUCCGAAUUUGUAUAUUGUGAAAUCACUGCUAGUCCAUGGAGUAGAAUAUCAUGAAGGAAGUCAAAGGGUAGUAGUGGAGGGAUGGUUCUGAGUCCCCAUUUUUCUCAAAACGCUACCAAGCCCUUCCACUCCGCCAUUUCGCUUCUUCCAUACUCUCAUACUUGAUCGCCACCUUUUUGUUCUUAUCUUCUUCAACAAUGUCUAUGUCUCUCCUUCAAUUCAUUGCCAUUUUGAUGCUUUUCGAUUCCCUCUGCUUCUCAUCUCGUCUCUCUACUGCUUCGCCGCUCAAUCACCAGUAUAAUGUCGGAGAUCCCGUUCCGUUAUUCGUCAACAAGGUCGGACCUUUGACCAACCCCAGUGAGACAUACCAAUACUAUGAAUUACCGUUCUGCCGUCCAGAUCCAGUAGUCCCAAAGAAAGCAACCUUGGGGGAGGUUUUAAAUGGGGAUCGGCUGAAUGGUGCCUUGCAUGUGAUAAAAUUUAGGGAAGAGAAACGAUGGGAAACUCUAUGUGAAAAGAAGCUAAAAGGUGCUGAAGUUUCAUUGUUCAGGGAUGCUGUCAGGGAUGAUUUUUACUUCCAACUGUAUUGUGAUGAUCUUCCAGUGUGGGGUUUUGUUGGCAAAAUUGAUGAACAGAGUUGGUCCCUAGACAAGCAGGGUCCAAAAUAUUAUCUCUUCACACAUAUUCAGUUUGACGUUUCCUUUAAUGAGAACCAAAUUGUUGAAGUUAGUGCAUUUAGUGAUCCAAAUCAUGUUGUUGAUAUAACAAAUGAUGUUGAACUCAAUGUCAAGUUCACUUAUUCUAUUGUUUGGAAUGAAACUUCGGCUCUGUAUGGAGAUAGAAUGAAUAAGUAUUCGAGGGCUUCACUACUGCCUAUCAGUCAGAGAAUUCACUGGUUUUCAUUCCUUAAUUCAAUUGCUAUUAUUGUGCUGUUGAUGGGAUUGCUUACUUUGCUUUUUAUGCGACGUCUCAAGAAUGAUUUGAGGAAGUGUUCUGGUGGUGAUGAAGAGGAUGAAAAAGAGGUUGUUUGGAAGUAUCUUCAUGGAGAUGUAUUUAGAUGUCCUCAAAAUUUACCCCUCUUUAGUGCCGUUUUGGGUGUCGGUACACAGCUUCUGACUAUGUUUUGCUGUUUGUUUCUUCUUGCGUUUCUGGGGAUCCUUUACCCAUACAAUCGAGGAUCACUAUUCACUUCCAUUGUUUUGAUCUAUUCUCUUACAUCUGUGGUUUCUGGGUAUAUAUCUGCUUCUUUCCACUGCCAGUUUGCCGAGAUUGGAUGGGAGAGAAGUGUUAUUUUAUCUGGGAUUCUGUAUUUGGGACCAUCAUUCGUCAUAAUUUCUAUCCUAAAUAUUGUUGCUAUAUCUAAUGGAACUACUGCAGCAUUGCCUAUUGGCACCAUCAUAGUCAUUCUGCUCAUAUAUUUUUUUAUCAGCCUCCCAUUGCUUGUAUUUGGUGGUAUAAUAGGACACCGCUUUAGAUCCGAGUUUCAAGCGCCUUGCGCCACCAAGCGAAACCCACGAGAGAUUCCUCCUCUGGCCUGGUUCAGAAAACUUCCAUGUCAAAUGUUCAUUAGUGGUCUGCUGUCAUUCAGUGCAGUUGUUCUUGAAUUACAUCACUUAUAUGCAAGCAUGUGGGGAUUCAAAAUUUUCACUCUUCCUAGCAUUUUAUUCAUCACAUUCAUCAUCCUAGUCAUACUCACUGCAAUCUUAAGCGUCGGUUUAACUUACAUUCAGCUAUCAGUUGAAGAUCAUCAAUGGUGGUGGAGAUCUGUGUUCUCCGGUGGUUCAACUGCCAUCUUUAUGUUUGGAUAUUGCAUAUACUUCUACGCCAGAUCAAAUAUGAAUGGUUUCUUGCAGCUAUGCUUCUUCGUAGGGUAUAAUGCUUGUAUAUGCUACGCAUUCUUCCUGAUGCUAGGAGUUAUAAGUUUUCGUGUUUCCUUGAUCUUUGUUCGUCGUAUUUACGACGCAGUCAAAAGUGAAUGAAUUCAUUGGACAAUGUCUUCAUUCCCAUCAUUUUGAGGGAAGAAGGAAGCAGUAAUUGGCUAACGCUUGUAGGACGACGAUGAUUGUGAAGAUUUUUCCAUCCACCUGAAGAAAUUCAUGGUAAGUAAGAAAGAAAAGAUGUUAGUAAUUUGAGUAAAUCGUCCUUUCUUGACUUGUAGGAAAAAAGAAACUGUUAGACAAAGAAUCAAAGUGAAAACAAGAUUUUGCAUUGUUCUUUAUCUGGAACAAUAUUAAUUCUUGAGAUUUUGAACUCUCCUACGAAUGGUUGAAUGAAUAUCCAUCGAUAAAGAUGCAUUAAAUAAUUUCACCAUUUUCUUUGAAUGAAUAAUUUCACCAUAUUCUUGUU